UCUGAUAUUUCAUCAUUUCUCUUCCAGGCUGUGGAGGUGUGAUCUGACAGAGGAAAGCUGUAGAGUUCUGUCCUCAGUUCUCAGAUCAAACUCCUCCAGACUGAGAGAACUGGACCUGAGUGACAAUAACCUGCAGGAUUCAGGAGUGAAGCUGCUCUCUGCUGGACUGGAGAAUCCACACUGUACACUGGAGAUACUGAGAAUAAACAGUUAGGAAGUGAAAGUGAAAGUCGUCUCCAUUUUGUGUGGAGGGGAAAAUACAGCAUUUCAGGAGUAAAAACACAGGUUUGAUUUAACACACCGAUGUUGGAGUGAAGUAAACGUGUGUCCUGCUGUAAUCUGGAGAAGGAGACAUGACCUCCAACACGAGUGUGUCUGGAAAACAGGACUUAAAGAGAGACGAGAGAAUGAUGGAGGGAAAGAGAUCAGACUCACCAGAACCCAGCUGUGUGUCCAUGAAGAGUGACUGGUCAAUGGAGCGUCCAUAUCACUUCAGAGACAGAGCCAGUUCUCCUGAUGUGAGACCACAACAGAAGAAAUCAAACCUCAGCAGAAAUCAGCUGGACUCCAUAUUCAAGGAGCUGGAACACAAAGUCCUCACUCUGAUAAAGAAUGAGCUGAAGAGGUUUAGGAAGCUCCUUAGUCCAGAUUACCCAGCAUGCACUGAGAGGGAGGUGGAGGAUGAGGAGGAUCUGCACAGUGUCAGCGAGGGAGCGCUGAAGAUCACACUGCACGUCCUGAAGAACAUGAACCACACAGAUCUCGCUAACACACUACACAACAAACUCGCCUCUGUGUAUCAGACAAAGCUGAAAUCCAGCCUGAGAGAGAAGUUUAAAAGAAUUAAUGAAGGAAUCUCACAGCAUGGAAGCUCAGCACUUCUGAAUGAGAUCUACACAGAGCUCUACAUCACAGAGGGUUGGAGUGGAGACGUCAAUAAUGAACAUGAGGUGAGACAGAUUGAGACAGCGUCCAGGAGACCAGCAACACAGGAGACACCCAUCAAAUGUAACGAUCUCUUUAAAGUCAAGUCCAUCAGAAGUGUGCUGACUAAAGGAGUUGCUGGAAUUGGAAAAACAGUCUCGGUGCAGAAGUUCAUUCUGGACUGGGCUGAAGGAAAAGCAAAUCAGGACGUCACCUUCAUGCUUCCACUUCCCUUUAGAGAGCUGAAUCUGAUGAAGCAGAAACAUCUCAGUCUGAUGGAUCUUCUUCAUCACUUUUUCCCUGAAAUGAGAAAACUACUAUUAAUAGACUGUGACUCCUACAAAGUGGUGUUGAUCUUUGAUGGUCUGGAUGAGUGUCGACUUCCUCUAAAUUUCCAGAAGAAUGAGAGAUUGUGUGAUGUGACAGAGUCAGCCUCAGUGGAUGUGCUGCUGACGAACCUCAUCAAGGGGAAUCUGCUUCCCUCUGCUCUCCUCUGGAUAACCUCUCGACCAGGAGCAGCCAAUCAGAUCCCUCCUGAGUGUGUAGACCAGGUAACAGAGGUACGAGGGUUCAGUGACCCUCAGAAAGAGGAGUACUUCAGGAAGAGGAUCAGUGAUCAGAGCCUGGCCAAUAAAAUCAUCACACACAUGAAGUCUUCAAGAAGCCUCUACAUCAUGUGCCACAUCCCAGUCUUCUGCUGGAUCUCAGCCACUGUUCUAGAGAGAAUGUUGGGUGAAGCAGAGAGUGGAGAGAUCCCCAAGACUCUGACUCAAAUGUUCACACACUUCCUGAUCUUUCAGAUCAAACACAAGGACCAAAAGUACCAUCAGAAAUGUGACCCUGAUACUCAGCAGACCAGAGAGAGUAUCCUGGCACUGGGAAAACUGGCUUUCCAACAGCUGGAGAAAGGAAACCUGAUCUUCUAUGAGGAAGACCUGAGAGAGUGUGGCAUUGAUGUGAGAGAAGUGUCGGUGUACUCAGGAGUGUGUACCCAAAUCUUCAGAGAGGAGUUUGGGCUUCACCUGGGGAAGGUGUUCAGCUUUGUACAUCUGAGUGUUCAGGAGUUUCUGGCUGCUUUAUACACAUUUCUCUCCUUCAUCAGCAGAAAUGUAACAGAACAACCAACCACUGAUCUGUCUGAUCUUCUCAACAAGUCAGACAUGUCUGAUCUCCUCAGGAGUGCAGUGGACAAGGCCUUACAGAGUGAGAACGGACACCUGGACCUGUUCCUCCGCUUCCUUCUGGGUCUCUCACUGGAGUCCAAUCAGACUCUCUUACGAGGCUUAAUACCACAGACAGGAAGCAGCUCUCACAGCAAACAGGAAACAGUUGAGUACAUCAAGGAGAAGAUCAGGGAGAAUCCAUCUCCAGAGAAAUCCAUCAAUCUGUUCCACUGUCUGAAUGAACUGAAUGAUCAUUCUCUAGUGCAGGAAGUACAGACUUACCUGAACAGAGGAGGUUUCUGGUGUCUCAGUGGAACCAGACUCUCUCCUGCUCAGUGGUCAGCUCUGGUGUUUGUGUUACUGAACUCAGAUCAGGAGCUGGAUGAGUUUAAUUUGAGUAAAUAUGACCGAUCAGAGGAAUGUCUUCUGAAGCUGCUGCCAGUGGUCAAAGCCUCCAGAAGAGCUGUUCUGUGUGUGUGUGAUCUGACAGAGGAAAGCUGUAGAGUUCUGUCCUCAGUUCUCAGAUCAAACUCCUCCAGACUGAGAGAACUGAACCUGAGUGUCAAUAACCUGCAGGAUUCAGGAGUGAAGCUGCUCUCUGCUGGACUGGAGAAUCCACACUGUACCCUGGAGAUACUGAGGAUGUGGAACUGCAGGAUUACAGAUGAAGGUUGUGCUGCUCUGGCUUCUGCUCUGAGGUCAAACUCCUCAUCACGCCUGAGAGAACUGGAUCUGAAGGGUAAUAAUCCAGGAGAAUCAGGAGUGAAGCUGCUCUCUGAUCUACUGAAGGAUCCACACUGUAACCUGGAGACACUACACAUUAACUAUAAUAAACUCACCAGGACUGGCGUAUGACGGGAGUCUCACCUCAAACCUCUUCUCCAGGAUAAAGCAGUCUUGGUGAAGAGUUAGAACCCGUCCCACAUUUCCAGCAGUUUGGGAGCUGAAUCAUUAAACUUAAAGGGGCAGAGCAGAAACAAAGUCAAGAACAGGCAGAAGGUCGUACACAGGAGAAAUCAACACACGUAACCAAAUAUCUGCUGUACAAAGCAACGGCACCGAUCUGCCCCGGGGAUGGAGACUGACGAGGCUUAAGUACACGUCCAGAAAUGUACAGACAACUCAUCCCAAAGCACGAGGCGGGAGCAGGCGUGUACGAGAUGUGAUCGUCCAAUGGCAAGCCGGAACAUGACGCACCGCAGUAGACUGGGCUUAAAAGAGGAGGAGACAAGACACCCAUCCCUCCCCCGACAUAGACACACGAAUGGAACAUAGUACAAACAGAAAUACAACUGAGGACGUAAUAAUGGCCAAGUAUCAAAUAAAAUGUAAACGUGCAUUGAUGAAGUAAUGUUAGUUGUUAGUAAUUGUUUAUAAAUUACCAUGGUAACACAGAGCUCCAAGGUAUAAAAAUAUGGAGUUUGUCAUCAAACAGUAACCAGUUUUAAUACCUAAAAAGUUUACGUAGCAAAAUUUAGCAAAGCGCUUUACAGUAAAUUAAAAUGUAAAAUUAAACUAAUGAAAUGUUGUGCAGCACAUGCUUAUGUUAAUGUUUGUUUCAUUAUAUAAUCAUAUAAAUAAAUACUCCCAAAGUCACCAGAAUUGAAAGCUUUUUGCUGUUAAACAUUUAGAGAUUGAUGUUGUGGUGACUCAGUAGUUCACUCAGUAUAUCGGUAAGACACAGUGAACGACUCACUGCUGGCAUUCAUGAAGAAGUCAUAAACUCCACUGGAAUAAUAAAUAGGAUCUAAUAAAACCAUGAGUGGAAAUUAUUGGUGUAAGUUUGUAAGGAUAGACUUCCUCCAACCUGGAACUAUAUCCUCCAGUCCACGCGGUGGCGGUAACGCGCCUAACAGCUGCGUCUCCGACCAGUAGAAAUCACAGAAGAAGAAAAAAACUGCAGCGGGUAUCUCCUGAGCAGUUGAGUUAUUACACCGAACUAAUCAUCUCCAGAUUAAAUUAUUUCUGACAGUUUUACAGUUAGGUUUGAUCCAGUUUAAACAUAAAAGCUGGUUAUUUUGUCUGUGUUUGAGGAAUUAAAACCGUUCUGUUUUUAAACCCGAGAAUCCCUUCUAUUGUGCACUGGAAGAUCGCUGGACUUGAAGCAACUCCAAAUGGUGGCCUGUUUGUCCAAAGCCCAGGCUGACCCCCCACCCCUUCAACCUCUGCAACAAUGCUGGCAGCACUAUUUCUCAAAGACAACCUCUGGAUAUGACGCUGAGCACGUGCAAUCAACUUCUUCUUUGAUGGACCAUGACGAGGCCUGUUCUGAGUGGAACCUGUCCUGUUAAACCGCUGUAUGGUCUUGGCCACCGUGCUGCAGCUCAGUGUCAGGGUCUUGUGUCCAAAGCCCGUGGUGGCAGCAGUGCAUGGCGUGUGUGGGGGAGCAGGUCUGUUGGGAGUGUUAAGUACCAUCUCAUACACUCAGCAAACAAUAUGGAUGGAACUUUCCAGAGUUGUGGUGUCACUUUCCUGCAAAGCUUUAAUCAUCAGAGAGUCAUCUUUUACUGGGGCUUUUAGCUGCAGGAGACUGAAUUACUAACAGUUUUUUUGUGGAUCUGAUUUCUUCUUUCGCAGGAGUGGAUCUAAUCACAGCCUGUGAUAUUCGUCUGUGCACACAGCAUGCCUGGUUUCAGGUGAAGUCGUGUGUUCCCUGAUAGUCAAUGAUUGCUGGAGCUCUGGAAAUAGCAGGUGAGAUUGCAGGCCGGAGUCGCGUCGCUGUCCAAGGAACCAAAAUCAACCUCCUCUACUCCUGAGACCACAGUGUAACUGAGAGCCUAGACUACAUGGCUACUUGGAACAAGAACAUGUUGCAGACACAGGAUCUUAUGAAGUGAGCGCAGACAGCCCUGGAAAAGAAGAGUCCGAAAGACGUGCCCUUCUCCAAGCUUUAAAGGAGAAGAUCCAGGGCUGUUGAAGCUGCGGUGGAACUGAGACAUCAUCAUCCACAUAUCUUCAGUUCUUCUUGCUAAGUCUCAGUUUCUUUUUAGUCUUUUUAUUUUUAGACUGGUAAAAAGACUGAUUAGUGGAAGUGAAAUGAUGGAUGAACUUUUAAUUACUUGCUUUAUUAUUUGCAGGUGCCUUGUACAGUAAGACAGGGUAACUAAUACUCAAAAGCUUGUUUUGUGUGUUAACAUGUACAGUAGAUGGACAUAUUUUUUCUGGUCCUGUGUGACUGCAGAAUGUAGUGCAGUUAAUACAGUAAAUUUCCUUGGAUGCUCACUUUUAACUCUAGGAGGUCACAGUUUGCCCAGACAUCUUUUUUUAAAUCCGUCACCUGCACGUCAUUCUGGGGGACGAAGAGGAGGAAGCUGGACAGAUAAAUUUAUUUAUUUAUUUAUCAUUGCUGUGUUUCCUCAAUCGAGUGCAGAAAGAAGAAAAACAACACAACUGAUUUAAAAUAAAAAUAUAGAAAACAAUCUAAUGUAAGGUUCUGAUCCGGUUUGCUUUCAGCAGGAAGGCUGUCCUCUUUCCUGUUGCUCUUUCUCUUCUAUUAGUCCAUUUGUCCAGUCUGAAUCGGUUUGAUUCGUUUUGAGACGAUUCGGAGUCAAAUAAUUUUCUAGUGAGAGUCGCACACUUCCAAACGAACUAGACUGAGAUGAGUAUUUGAUUCUCACUAGAAAGUGAUUCGACUCUGAAUCAACUCGAAAUGAAUCAGUCAAACUGAUUCAGACUCUAUAAAAGGACUAUGAGAUGUGAUUAAGAUAUAUAUUCCAAUGUUUUGCUUUACAAUUCCACUGUCUGUGUGUGUGUGUGUGUGUGUGUGUGUGUGUGCGCGUGCGCGCGCGCACGUGUGUUUUUCAGGAGAACGAGAAACUCUGACACAAGAGUACAUCCUGACCAUUGGUACUGUGUACACAUCAACAUACACACACACGUCUCCAUGCUGGACAUCUCAGGAGCUUUCACACACAGUGCUAGGAAUAUCCCGGGACAGAGAAACGCACCUCCUAAGUGAGCGAGUUUAGCGUCAACCGGUGAAAUUUGCUGUAGCGUGAACACUUCGCCUCUGUGAGCUUCACUCUCCGUAGGGUUCACUGUAAUUAGACAUAAAAUGUACAUAAUGUUUAUUUUUCAUGCAUUUAGGAUUUAAUGGUUUUUUUUUUUUUUUUACUCUUUGAGGAACAUAUAUGAUAUUUCGAGGCAGCUUCUUCUUCACUACCUGCUCCGUUUGACUCAAAAAUGUAACGACCGGUUUCAAAGAGUCACGAUGUCUUCAGUUCAUGUGAUUUUACUGUUGAAUUUAAACAGGAAAUGUGAAAUAUUUUUUUCCUUCGUUUCCUCUACUGUCUUUUUGCUGUGAUCUUGAACACAGUUGUAAUUUUUUUUUAAAUAAUAAAUAAACGAUCAUUCUAUUUCUCUCACUUUCCUUGUCCUAAUUGUCCUGUAUCUGUUAAAUCCGUUUCAUCUCUGGUCUUUCUGUCUGUAUGAACACUUGUAGAAAUGACUUGUAGUCCAUAUUUUUAAAUGAUUCGUGAUUUUGAAUUUAAAUAAAGAUAUUCUUUAA